AUGGGUUUUGCAUCCGGAGCAGCGCGUUCAUAUCCACACAACACAGGUGCACAGCUGCUGCUGGUCUCCAGUUCACCAUGGCCCAGAACCAGGUGAUCCUGCAGUUCCGGUUCGCCACGUUUGGGGACUCCAUGCUGCAGAAGAUGAACCUUCUACGACACCAGAGACGGUUCUGUGAUGUCACUGUGCGUAUCAACCAGCUGGAGGUCCCUGGUCAUAAGGUGGUGUUUGCUGCAGGCUCUUCUUUCUUGAGAGACCAGUUCAUCCUUCAGCAGGACUCCAGGGAAGUCCAGAUCUCCAUGAUUCAGGAGGCGGAGGUGGGACGGCAGCUGCUGCUGUCCUGCUACACAGGCCAGCUGGAGUUUCCAGAGCUGGAGCUGGUGCAUUACCUGACAGUGGCCAGCUUCCUUCAAAUGGGCCACAUUGUGGAGCAGUGCACUCAGGCCCUCAGCAAGUUCAUCAAACCUCAGGCUACACCUCACCUGAAGGUGGAUGUGGAUGUGGAUGUGAGGAGGGAGAAGAAGGAGGAAGGUUCAUCGUCCGAGGCCCAGAGAGAGCAAGAGCGCACUCAGAUGCGGAUGGUCCAUCAGGAGGAGGAGGAGGAGGAGGAGGAGGAGGAAGAGGAGGAGGAGGAGGUGGAUCAGGUAGAGGACGACAACAAUGGUGACGGUGAUGAAGACGAGGAUGAUGAUGAUGAUGUGAUCAUACAGCCUAAGUCCCCUCUCCAGAUUUUGAGCAGACGCCCAAGGCAGGGUAUGGCAGAGAAUGACAUCACUAUAGUAAAGGUGGAGUCUGUGUCUGAGGUAGCAGAAAAUUCCAUCACCAGCCACUUCCCCACCAGCCCGCCUGCUGCUCUCCACUCCCCUGAGCCACAGCAUUCGCUCAUCAACUCUACUGUGGACAGUCGCAGCAGUGAGAUGGCGGUUCCACCUGGCAUGGCCGGGUACCCGUUCACCCCCCCUCCUCCUUCCCCUCCUGCAGACAAACACAGCACGCACCAGAGGAACUACGACAAGCCUCUGCAGUGGUAUCACCAGUGCCCAAAAUGCGCCCGGGUCUUCCGCCAGCUGGAGAACUACGCCAACCACCUCAAGAUGCACAAGCUCUUCAUGUGCCUCCUGUGCGGAAAGACUUUCACACAAAAAGGCAAUCUGCACCGACACAUGCGCGUCCACGCUGGCAUCAAGCCCUUCCAGUGUAAAAUCUGCGGUAAGACCUUCACUCAGAAGUGUUCUUUGCUGGAUCACCUUAACCUGCACAGUGGGGACAAGCCCCACCGCUGCAACUACUGUGACAUGGUGUUCGCUCAUAAGCCAGUUCUUCGCAAGCACCUCAAACAGAUCCACGGGAAGAACAGCUUUGACAACGCAAACGAAGGCACCUUGCACGAUGGGGGGCUUGACUUUGAUUUUAGCCGAAUAUGAAAUCAGUGGGCAUUUUUUAAAAUAGAUUUGUUGGAUACUAUCAGUUAUUUAAAUGUUUAUGAUGCAGAUUUUCCCCCGGAUGAGACAUCAGUGAAACGAGUCAUCGUAAAUUUAACACUUUAUACAAAGAUGGAGCAUUAAGCCAACGAUUACAUUAUAAAAGAUGUGACGGCUGGUUUUCGAAUGAUGGCUUAAACUGGAGAACAUAAACAUGAAAGAUGAAGUUUUCCUGAUCUACAUUUCACUGUAGCUUCAUUACUGUGGACUUUUUUUCUUCUUUUUUUUAUACAGUACAUUGUAGAUGCCUUCAUAUCAUACUUGAAAAUUUAGCACUGAAUCACAUACCAUAAUGACUGUGUAUCAUUACUUUUAUUAACAUAUCUUUGUGUCUAAUGUGUCCAAUGAAAAAACAUUGCAGAAAUGAAACUAUACAGUUGUAUAUUGUGUAUACAGUCUACUGUAGUUUUCUGUCUUACCUGUGUGAAUAUGACAACAAGGACUCCAUAAGUAAAAGAAACUUGAAAGAAGGUGGUUAUAACAAUAUUUUAUUGAAGGCAAGCUACACCAAUGACAAAUGGGAUGCCAAAGUGUCUAUGUGAACUGAACUGGCUCUUUUAUAUAGGCUUUAUAUCUGAGGUACUAUUGGACUAAAGUGACAUUGUAUCUGUCCUCUGUUCCUGAAAGUUAAUGUGCGUUAUGAAAUUAAAUCUGACUUUUAACCUA